ACACUGACUGUGACCGGCAGAAUAGCAAAACCUUUUGGCUGAUAAAAUUCAUAUCACUGGAUCAAAGCUGACUGUAAUGAAAUCUGAUCAUUUCAUAUCAAUGCAUGUGUUAUAUUAGAAUUUCAAUGUACCCUCCAGCCCUGCACAGAACUAUUACAACAUUAUAGUGUCAAAUAAUGAGUUAACUUCAUUAAAGCACAUUCAUGUCUCAAAAUGUAGCUGUUUGGUGACUGAAACCAGGAUCCUGUAUAUUCUGUGAUCAGGGUAAACUUUUGUUGAUAACUGAAUCACAGGUUGGGCUGUUUAAGAAACUCAGUUAAACCUUCCACUGAGCUAAAAGCCUCUGCUACACUGUCUUACCACGAUGUUUGAGUUUUCCUGUGGAAACUUCCUCCACGCCACAUAUUUACAGUAUGUGACUGAGCGGGGCAUUUUGACUCCUACCAUGAAACAUAUCACAGAUGCUUUAUAGACAUAUCCCUCUUAAAAGAAAAAAUAAUCCAGUAAGCCUCUUUAAAAACACAUCAUCUCACACCAUGAUGUAUGAUUAGACUAAAAGACCAAAAACUCUUCUUUAAAAGGUUCAGGUGCACAAGAAGAAAUGUAGUCCUACUUUCACUUGCAAAGCUGUGAUUUGUUUAUUGUGCUUCAUGGAAAUCUUGAAAAUUGUUUGUGCAGUUUCUGUGGCAGAGACAGGAAGACUGAAAAGACACAGUAAAAUAAGUCAAGCUAUUUUUAUAUCUGUUAUCAUUUUUCAGUGAAUACAUAAACAUUUAAUACGCUGGAUACGUUAAUGAAGAUGACUGUGAAAGCUCAAUAUGCCAAAUUACAUCCAGGCCACAUCACUUUCCAUUUGAUUUUAUUUGCAUGCAUUUGGUUCAGCUUACAGAUUACAAGGCGAUGGAAACAGGCCAAGUCAGUUAGUCAGUCAGACAGACAAACAGACGUUGGUGGGCUUUGUAACCUCGCUCUUUAACUCUGAAGUACAAUCAGAAGCACAUGACUCUGAUGCCAUGUCAGUGAAUCUUCCAGCACAGUCACAGUGUUUUUAAUCUAUUAUUCUACAAAAUCGAAAACUCAGAUGAAGCUCCUCCAUGAGCUAAACGAGCUAGUCCAGUUCUACAGACCGGUGUAUUACUGGGUACCUUACUACCUGGCGACAAACUUUAAUUUAUCAUCAGUUUGUAAAUUGUUCAUAGAAGAAGAACAGAGAGAGAAACAACAACCAUUAAACACAGCUGUAUCUCUCUCAGGUAGGCCAACCCAAAACAGGACGGCAACAGGCUCAUAUUUCACAAUCAGAAUUUGUCUGUUAGUUAAAAUUCAUACUAACAGAAGCUGCUUCAUAAAAAGGGGAAGACACACCCAUAUACAAACACAAGUAUUGCACCCCUGAGUUACCAGCAGGGGAUCUAUUGUGUGGCUGUAAUGCAGGCUCAGUGGGUGUGAGCUCCAGCCAUGUGCUCUGUUCAACACAACAGGGAUAAUCUCAGAAGCUGACCAAGCAGCAAAUAAACUCUGUGGUUGCCGCUCUGAAGUCCAUCACUCUGCUGCUGCUAUCACCCCAAUGACACAGGCCAACGGUGAGCUGAGCACCGAAUCGGUGAACAAGUUAGUGAACAAGUCAACCAGGACACUGCUUCAGCUUUAAACCAGCUACCUGAUGGGCAACAAGAAGCUGAAGGAGACUGAGAGGAAAUACUCAGAGGAGACACACUGUGGAUAAUUUGAUAUGAGCGCCUCAAACUGUGGAGAAAACAGAAAUGAACCUGGGGUAAAGGGAAGUGAGAAAAAUAAUGUAAAACAAGAAGAUACAAAAAAACAUGCAAUGCAGCAGUGAGUAGGAAACUGUAUGGGGGAGGAGAGUGGAAAACCCUUAGGGAGCGAGCGAGCGAGCGAGCGAGCGAGCGAGAGAGAGGGAGGGAGAGAGAGAGAGUGUGUGUGUGUGUGUAUGACUGUGUUCUUGUGAGUCAGGUGUGUGCGUUACUGCUGGUAACCAAGCAGGGAGGAACCAAAUCUCACGAGGAUGUAGGAGGGAAGCUACGAAUACAACUAGAGAGAGGAAAAAAAAAUCUGUCUCACUCUGAUACGAUCUCCUUCUCAGAGAACACAGCUUCUCAGGUCUGUCACUGCCACAAACAACAAGGAAACACGCCUGAUAACGGAGUUCAGACUGAACAGAAACCAGUUCAGCUGAUGCUGUUCCUGUUGCUGCUGAUGAUGGAAAUAACACAUGCUCUCCGUCAGACUCUGGAUGGAUUAUAACAACUGAUUUGGAGGAGCUGUUACACUAACGAUGAUCAGAGAAGGUGCUUAUGUCUAAUGUUUAAUUUCUCCACUGUGAGGACUACAGACUGAACUGCCCCAAAGGUUUUAUCUGUGGUGGUGCUGUCUGGGUAAAGUGAAGCCGGGCUAUUAUGCGCCAGCUUGAAGGGGCGAAAUGCAGCUUCUUGUUGUGCCUGGGGAUGAGUAUUAUUAUCUGUUCAGUCAUGUACUUGAGGGCCAUGACACCAACAGAGCCCAAGCCCCUAGAGCCACCGAGCUGCAGGCCCUUAUCUGCUGAAUGUAAAGCUCUUCUGCCUGGUACUGAGAGAGGAGUAGAGUGGUACCGCCGUGACUGCCAGGUGGAAAGCUAUAUUCUGAAUAGUCAUCUGCAGUGUUCCAGUUUGACCAAAGAGUUACACUUCAUCACAAAACCUCUGAGUCGUGAGGAGGAAGAAUACCCUUUAGCAUUCAUUGUGACUGUUCACAAAGAGCUGGAACUUUUUGUGCGCCUGCUGCGGGCCAUUUACAUGCCACACAAUGUCUACUGUAUUCAUGUGGACGCUAAGGCUCCAUGGGAGUACCAGGAAGCCGUACGGAAGCUAGUCAGCUGCUUUAAAAACACCUUCCUCUCCAGCCGCAGCGAGACAGUGACCUAUGCUGGAUUUUCCCGCCUGCAAGCAGAUCUGAACUGCAUGAAGGAUCUGGCAAAGUCCAAGAUAGGCUGGAGGAAGGUGGUGAAUCUGUGUGGACAGGAUUUCCCUGUUAAGAGCAACCUGGAACUGGUGCAGUACAUGCAGAGCAAAGAGUGGAGGGACAGAAACAUGACGCCUGGCGUCAAACAGCCUCCCUCUAUGAGGGACAGGACACAGCUCCAGCACACAGAGGUCAUGGGGUCACAUGUUGCUCUGAAAGGGUUAGGGCUGAAGAAAGGUCCUCCUCCCCACAAUCUGCAGGUGUACUUUGGAACAGCCUACUAUGCUCUCACAAGGGCCUUUGUAGACUUUGUUCUGAAAAGCACAAUAGCCCACGACCUAUUGGAGUGGUCUAAAGACACAUUCAGCCCCGAUGAGCACUACUGGGUGACGCUCAACCACAUCAAAGAAGCUCCAGGCAGCCACAUAGAUGGAGGCUGGGCAGGAGACAUACGAGCAAUCAAGUGGAGGGAUCAAGAGGGAAGGACGCACGAUGGCUGCAAAGGGCAUUAUGUACGAGACAUCUGUAUUUAUGGAAUAGAAGACCUGCCUUGGAUCAUCAACAGGAACAGCAUGUUUGCCAAUAAGUUUGAGAGAAACACCUUUCCAGAGGCACUGGACUGUCUGGAGCAGUGGCACAGAAACAAGGUGCUGAGCCAGGCAACUGUUCCCAUAGACCCGUCAUGGCUGCUAGCUACACAGAGCAACUCGAGCAGCAGCAGCAGCAGCUACUUCAACAGCAGUGCUGGAGCAUGAAAACACUGUUUAUAUCCCAAACUAAAGUCAGGCUACAUGCAGUUCAGAACAUUUGCACUUGCUCAGUGGCUGUGAAUGUCAAAAAUGAACUGAGAACAAAGGGAUGAUGCACUGUACCCUUCCAGAGCCUGUAGCAUGUCUAUUGUUCACAGAUAUAUUUGUCUAUUUAUUUUUUGAUAGUCAGGACACAGUGAAUAUGCCAGAGGGUGAAGUGAACAGGUCUUUUGUUCCUUUGAUCCUUCUCAAAAAACUCCUCUACAUUAUGAUCAACUGUAUUUGUUAAAGGUUUUACAGUCACUUUCCCACCAGAAGCACCUUUUUCAGCAGUGCGGCGGUGCUCCUAUUUCUGGUAAAGUCAAACCUAAGAGAGACAGGAAAUCAUCUGCAAUAUGCUUCUCCAAAACAAGACUCAACUACAAACUGAAAUGUACAAAAUUUACAUGUCUAUUAAUUGUUUUUAUAUGCAGCAGACAGUGUGUAUGUCAGAGGAUGAAAAUAUCUUCACAGUAAAGCAAUACAGUUGAAGCAGAAGUGACUGCCAUAAAAAAUACACAAGUAAAUAACAGAUUCCUUUUGAGAGAACUAGAUUGCACCAAGUAUUGAAUAAAUUACUGCAACAUACAUAAAAUAUUGUUUGCCUUAAUUAAACAUUUCAUACUGCUUUAUGUAAUAUUGUUCAGUAUGUUGUCCUGUUUGAAAAAUGCACUCGUUGAUAAGACUAUUGUCUGUUGCUCUUUUUUAAUGAAUUAAGGGGGUACAAAUAAAGACAGUUAUAAGAAUGA